AUGCUGCGGGUCCCCAGGGGAGUGUCCCCCUCCCCGGGGAGAAGGGGUUCCGCCCUUCCGCCCCCCCCUCCCCACCGCCACCCGAGGAAGGUCAUGUCAGUGAUGGUCUCCUGUGAUCCGGGGGCUCCCAGCCUGGGCAGCCCCCCGUUAUCCGCAGGCUGUUUCACCCAGGUCUACACGCCAGCGGCUGUCAGCGCCCCCGCUUCGCGGGGCGGGUGCCUCUGUGACACCCCCCAAGGCCCCGAGCUCAGGACCCUCUGUUCGGCCUCGGCGGGACGGCUGCCGGCCAAGAGGAAGCUGGACCUGGAGGGCCCUGAAUUUCGCACGCCCAAGGGGAAGGGCUGGACACUGGCACAGGUCCCCAGCCCCAGGACCCCCAAGUCUCCCGGGGAGAAGACUCGCUAUGACACCUCACUGGGGCUGCUCACCAAAAAAUUCAUCCAUUUGCUGAACGAGUCUCCCGACGGUGUUGUGGAUCUGAACCGGGCUGCCGAGGUGCUGGAGGUCCAGAAGCGUCGCAUCUACGACAUCACCAACGUACUGGAGGGCAUCCAGCUCAUCCGUAAGAAAUCCAAGAACCACAUCCAGUGGAUGGGGACAGGGAUCUUUGAGGAUGCAGCAAUGGUGGCGAAGCAACAAGUGCUGCAUGAGGAACUGGCCGAACUGGCUAGGACAGAGAGGAUGCUGGACCAGCUCGUGCAGGACUGUGCCCUGCAGAUCCAGCAGCUGGCUGACAAUGAGUCCAACCAAAGGCUGGCAUAUGUCACCUACCAGGACCUCCGUGCCAUCAGCAGCUUCCAGGAGCAGACAGUGAUUGCCGUGAAGGCUCCCCCUGAGACGCAGCUGGAGGUGCCAGACUUCAGCCAGGAGAACUUCCAGCUCUACUUGAAGAGUACGAAUGGCCCCAUCGAGGUGUACCUCUGCCCAGAGGAGAUCGUGGAGGAAAGCCCCACCAAGGACCACCCUGUCCCCUCUGCUGUCACUUCCCCACAGGAACACUCGGUACCCCUUUGCCUGACAAACAGCUCCCCAUCAGCCACACAGCCACUCCACCCCAUCUCCCAGAACUGGGGCAGCACAGGAACUCCUCUCUCACCCCCAUCUCUGCCUCUCCCCAUCCAGGGGGGACCCAGCUCACUGCUGGAGAUGGAGCCUGGGCUCCUGGGCUCCCCUGCCCACCUUCUGCAGCAGACAGAAGACCAGCUGCCGUGCACCCCCUCCCGCCUGGACCUGGGACCCUUCGUAGCUUUCUCGCCCCCCCUGGAACAGGAUGACUAUCUCUGGGGGCUUGAGGGCGAGGGUGUCACUGACCUCUUUGAGACAUAUGACCUGGGAGACCUGCUGAAGCACUGA